AGGGCGCUUCUGCGUCGCAGUUUUCGGUAGAAGAAGAACCCGAGCGGAAGUAAGACGGUGUUUGUUGUGGUCGGACCUCGGCUCCACAGUAUCACAUAAAAGCAGGGUCCGGAUGGCCGACGAGGAGGACGACGCGGGCUACGAUGAGGAGGCGGAGGACGGCGGCGGCGGGCUGGAGGCGGGGGGCCACGGGAAGAGGAAGAGGCUGUUCUCUAAGGAGCUCCGCUGUAUGAUGUACGGCUUCGGGGACGACCAGAACCCCUACACGGAGUCCGUGGACAUCCUGGAGGACCUGGUGAUCGAGUUCGUCACGGAGAUGACCCACAAGGCCAUGUCCAUCGGCCGCCAGGGCCGCGUCCAGGUGGAGGAUAUCGUGUUCCUGAUCCGGAAGGACCCCCGCAAGUUCGCCCGAGUGAAGGAUCUGCUGACUAUGAACGAGGAGCUGAAGCGGGCCCGCAAGGCCUUCGACGAGGCCAACUAUGGCUCCUGAGUUCUGGACCUCGGGAAUGCUGUGGCGUUCUGUGGCUGUUUUCGAACAUGACUUUUGGUUUGUCUGAUGCUUUUUGAUUAUUUUAUGUAUUAAAUUGAUGCCACGUUUUACACAUUACUUUAUGAAAGGCUAUUCAUGCUGGUUCCCUUUAGUUGAACAGUUUUGUAACAAUCCGUCAUUACAAUAAAAAAACAAACACUAGUUUGCGUAUGUUGUUGCGGUUCUAUGGUUGUUCAAAUUAUCCGCUGAUGCAUUCCUUUACCAACUUGAUAAGUUAUGGUAUUGGGAACCGUUUGAAAUCCCAGUGGGACACAGAGGUCCGGUCAUCUUAACCCACCCUAUGAAGCCCCCUUUUUCAGCUGGUUUCUCCAAAUACAAAUGGUCAUAGAAUUAAUGAAAAGCCAACCAGGGUUGAUGUCACCGUCCACAACUAGAGACGUGUGUCACUGUUCGGGCGCUUUUUACCAAACUGUAGGUCUCUCACUGACUCAAUCUUGUAAAGACUUAACGUAGCUCCAUCGACCGAGAACCAGGUAUCAAACCUUUGGACACUUGACGUGUUUGAUUCAGGACCCAAGACGUCUGGGAGCCUGCCCCAAAUCAACCGUGAUCGGAAAUGGCUGUGCACCUAAUCCUGCUGCAAGGCCCUGUAACUUACAGGGCUUGCAACACUUGCAGGCUGUAAGUGUUUGUUGAUUGAAUAAAAUAUUUAGUAUGGGAAGGGUUCUAUCUUUGGAUUUGAAACCAUCUUAAACCUUCUCGUAUCAGAAUCCUUAUAUUACACAAAAUUAAAUAUUAAGCUUGUUUGGGCAUUAAAAUGCGUUUUUGUAACAUCAAUAAAAUGGGUAUUUUAUUGUUUUAA